GUGCCACACCAACUCCAAGCACGAUCUGACAAGGACUGCUGUUGGCAGUGACAGCUCCACCCUUAAGCAAUUGUGUUAAACUUUAGUUCCUAGGUAGCAGUUUGUAGCCGGCGAGGCUGGCCACCAGUGACAAGAAAGCCGGCCAGUGGAAGGAAACGAUAGCAGUUGGCACUUGAGUUACCACUUCUUGUAUGUGACUGCAAUCGGAUCUGUGCUGAGGAGAGCGAACUACAGGUACUUUAUUGCAGUUUAUUCAUCAUGGGCAGUUUAAUAUCACAAGAAUCUCAAGAUGAAUCUGUGACGGAAUCCUCAGCAUUGAAACAAGCCACGACUGAAACGGAUGUUACGAUUGCUCAGAAUGGUCCUACUCUCGGAAAACACUUGCAGAACUCAGUUCAAAAUGAGAGUGUUGCUGUAGACUCAGUAGCAGAUGUUAAACAGGACACUGGGGCCUUCACAUCGGAAAAGACAAUGGAGAUUAGUGCCAAUACUAAUGCGGAGGAAAAAGAACUUGAGAAGUCUGCCAAGCCAGUUUCUAAAUCUAGAUUUUCCAUGUCCUUUUCUCGCACUGUACCAGGGCGUACUAAUGGCCCCUCUACAGAGCCAAUAUCAGGAACCGGAAAGCUCCAAGCCAAUCAAGAGAGCGCUUCAGUGAACACAGCAUCAGUUGAUAAAGUGAAUCUUCAAGAAUCCUCCUCACAAAACGGAACUCCUGCUUUAAAGCAGCAACAGCUCUCUGCUGAACCAGCAGAUGCAGCAGAACACAUUGUAAAAGAAACAGAGCAACCAAAACAAAAAGAAGUAAGCUUCUUUGACAAACUGUUCAAACAGGGAGAUAAGGGCAAACCACAAAAUGAGAACCAAGGAGACCUGAAGGCUGAAAGUCAGCACUCAGCUGAUGCUGAUAGAGAAGCUACAGAGCUGAUACACAGACUGGAUAACGUACACCAAUACUUGGAAACUGGUGACAGCAGCAGGGAUCAUACAACAUUGUCAUAUGGUGACAAAGUAUCUCAAAAUUCAGCAUCAAAAUCACCUGAGAACUUCAAGGAGCCCGAGAAGGAAAAUAAAGCAGAUACACCUGCAGACGAUAAUUCGGUCAUGAAUUUCUUCAAAACACUUGUGACACCAACAAAAUCUUCUUCCAAGACAGAGCUUGGCUCACAGCAGGCCUCAGAUGACAAGAAUGAAGUAAAUGGUGAACAUAAAGAAGCAACAGCUAAAUCCCACAAAUUAGAACAAAAAGCAGCAGAACAGAAGAUAUCCAAGACAAAUGAUGCAGAUUCCUCCGAUAAAGCAAAACUGGAAAAGUCACCAACACAAAGUCCAUUUGGAAAGCUGUUUAAGCAAAAGACCAUCAAGGAAGUACCACAGGUUGAACAAGAAAAUGUGAUCAGUACAACUGAUGCAAAAUCCGAAAAAGGCAUAUCCCAGCCACAAAAACAAUUCUCAAAACAGGAGAUUAAAAGUCCUGAAUCUGCACAGAAAGUGAAAUCUGAAGAGGAGGAAGUUAAACCAGCUAAAAAGAGCUUCCUGAAUUUCUUCAAACAGAUGUCAGUCAAAGAGGAUGAGAAAUACGCUGAAUCUGCAAAAGGUUCUGAAGGAAAGGACUCAGGCUUGGCGGAUGACCCGACAAAGAAAGGACACGAGACUAGAGAAAAUUCAGUGCCACCAGCAAAGAAAGGCAAAGACAGUUCAAGGCAGAAAAAAACAGCACCAGAGGGCAAUCAAGAAGAACCUCAGGGAACAAAAUCUGUGGAAGCCCUUCCUCCAUCACAGCAAUCAAACACAGUUUCAGUGUCAAUACCGAAUGGCAAUAAUAUCAAAGCCACAGAAGCGCCUGAGAAGAGACUCGAAAAGAAGCAAUCAUUUGGGGUGUUUCUAAAACAAUUGGGAGGAAAAAAGACAGCAGAUGUUGCGGUGCAAACAGAUCCCGUUGUUAUCCAUCCUGCAGGGAAGACAAAGUGAUAUCAGCCCGGUCGCCCUUUCAUUCCAGGAAGCUUAGCAACAUGCUUUACUACUUGGUGAAAUCACAUAAUGUAGACAGCUCUGACUGUCCUCCUUGCAUCUGUUAGCACUCAGGGCAUGCCCAAGAAUAUAGUUCGGAUCAUAUUUAUAGUUAGUUAAUUAGUGUACUUCCGGAAGAUUUCAGGAUCUUUAAAGCUAUAUGUGAUAGAUUUAGACCAUUUUCUAUGUAUUAAAUAAGCGUAUUGUUAGAAAUGCAUAAUUUGACUGAACAUUUUCAUAAUUUCUUUUUAAUUGUUUUUGUAAUAACAUCAAGGGCAGAAUUUUAAGGACCCCUGCCGACAGGUUUGCAGCUGGGGUGGGGUUUGUAGAGGCAGUGGUGGGGCGGGCUGUAAAAUUCCCCAGUUGGCCUUCCUCCCAUCUUUCCCCAACCUGUCUGCCGUUUUAUGAGGGACUAGUGGGGCUGAGGACGACAUGCCCAAUCUCACCCCAAUUAAGGCCAAAUUGGCCACUUAAGGGCUACUGCCCAGCCGGCCUCAAAUCUGAGGCUGCCAGAAGGAGAUCAGGGCAGGGGGAAGCCUGGCACGUCACCCUACAUGGGUCUGACAACACCUGUGGAGAGAGAAACAGAGUUAAUGGGGAGAAUUUUCUUGCUGUCGGGCAGGCCGGCUGCGAUCGGCAGGGCGCCACCAUUUUGCAUAGGCGGGCCAGUUAAGGCCCGCCCAACGCGAUGUGCACCCGGAAGUGCUCAGUGCUUCUUGUGUGGACGGCGGGAAGAAGGAGAGUCGGGGCCUGCACUCUUUCGCGCAUGCACGCAAAAGAGCGCAGAAAUCUCCCUGAGCCAAUGGGCUGCCUCAGGGAGAUUAAGGAAAGCCAUAAAAAUUUGAUAAAUAAAAAAAAAUUAUUCAGACAUGUCCCACCUCAUGUGACAUUGCCACGUGAGGUGGGGCAUGUAUAUUAAUUCACAUGAAACAAUUUAUUAAAUUAAUAAAACCUUCAUGAAACCUCAUCCAGCCCGUAGAUGAGGUUCCUUGAAAAAUGCGAAGGCCGCCUGGGCUCUUUGCCUGCCCGGCAAACUUAAGGUUGGACAGGCAGUCCUGACAUGUGCCUCAAUUAGUUGAUUAAUGGCCUGAAUAGGCCUUUGAUAGCUUGGCGGAAGGGCACCCAACUCCGGUGCUUGCCCGCUAAACUGACGAUCGGAAUGAUGUGCUAUGAUGAUGGGACGCACACUGACCAGAAGAUUCAGGCCAAUGUUUCAAACCUGUAUGACCCCUCAGAACUCUGAAGAAGGGUCAUACAGACUCGAAAUGUUAACCCUGUUUCUCUCUCCACAGAUGCUGACAGACCUGCGGAGUUUUGCCCAACAUUUUCUAUUUUUAAUUCAGAAUCCAGCAUCCGCAGUAUUUUGCUCUUAUCACACUACACGGUCCUCAGGCAGGAAGAGCACCCCACGUGCAAGGACUGCCCCCUGUGGGCAAUGGCAAGACUGCCAUCCCCCAGGGCCUUACCUCCCUCCCUACCAAGAGACCUCCGUUGUCGCCACCUCACGACUCCCCCUGCCAGUCUCACCUGUGUCUGGGCACAUGGGCAAUCCUAGGUCUAGGGUGGGUGUAGUACCAGCAGCAGCCACCACCUCCCUGGAGGCGCUUCCAAGCAAUGAAUAUCUGCCGGCCUCUGACCAGAAGCUCUCGGCAAAUAGAGCUUCUGCCCCGGGGUCCUUGAUCUCGGGCAAGUCCCACCACUGCUCAGCUGAGUGCCUAAUUGGCACUUAAAUCGGAGGGCCUUCCUGAAAAGAAGCAACACAAAAUUUUCGCUAGGUCUCCCAUUGGUGGACGAAACCCCCACUGCCUCUAUUAAAUAUUGCCUUUCAUCAAUACACUAGGAUGAGCUACACAGUAGUCGCAUAUUUUAUGCUAAAUCUGUACAACAGGGGGCAUCCAACCCUUAUUUUAAGGAAAGAAUGAGACAGCUUUUGAUUUUAAUGCAUUUCAUUAACUUUUCAAAUGAUCUGAUGAAACCAUUGAACGCCUGCAUAAUUGGUAGAAACUCUUAACUUGUUUCGGAUAUUGUAAUUUUCAGAAGUUGAAAUCCUUCAUGAAUAUUUUGCCAAUAUUUCAGUGCUUUAUAUGUUUUGGAAAGUAAUUUAUAAUUUGAUCAAUUAUGUUGACUGACACAUUAGCGAUGAAAUACUUAGGAUAAUUUCAGCCUAUAUAAUUUAGUUUAUAUGCCUUAAUUUCCUUUAUCCUAUUUCCUUUAAUUAUUUCAUUAUUAUCCAUAGUUAAUAAAAUAAUUUUAAGUUAUGUUCUGAGUUCAACAAAACUGAUGAAACUUAAAACUUCACAAAAAAUCACCUUUUAUUUCCUCACAAAAUAAUUAUGCUAUAAAGUUUUCAUCAUGUGUUAAUUAUGCUAUUAAAACACUCACAAGUUCUCUGAAUUGUUGCCAACAAAUUCUGAACAGUUUCUGGGCAUUCCCUUUCAGGCUAUGAAUGCAUUCCUUCUGAUUCACCUUUAAACAGUUAAUUACUAUUUAGAGCACUUAAAAAUAUUUUCAUUGUACAAACCCUUAUUUGUGUUCUUAUAUUCUAAUAAAGCAAGCUUUUAUCUGA